AUGAUGUACCACAAGUCCUUCAUUCUCCUCACCCUCUCCGUCCUCACCGGCGUCCACGCGCACGGGGGCAUCUACAACUACACCAUCGGCGACCCGCCCUCGAUCCAUCGCCGCUGGUUCCCAGACCCGAUCCAAGACAUCAACCACCCCUACCUGUCCUGCAACCGGGGCAACCACCUAGCGACACGCAACCCCGUCUUGCACGCACCCAUCCGCGCGGGCGAGAACAUCACGGCGUUCUAA